AAACAAGUCAAUUGCUGAUAUGUUUGCAAUGGUAGUAUCUCUUCAGAUCUGAAUUAGAUUAUGAUUUGUACAUACAUGUAAUGAUUCUACGUUACAUUCUAGGAAGCUUGCUUAAAGUGGCACACAGGUAAGUCUACGGUAACACACAUCUGGCACUCGCAUGGCCGUAGGUUGACUGAGAUAUUGUAGGUGUUGUUGUCUUGUUUUUAACAGCACGUCAUAAAAGGACAGAGGGCUUCUGGUGUUUGAAAGUUGUUUAUAUGUGUAGAACACCACAUCAGCAUUCAUACAUGGUACAAACACCUGGACAGAAGUAAUGUCUCAAAUGCUUUAUAAUUUUCUACUCUCAUAAAAGAAAUAGCAACACAUGCACGACCCACAACAUUCCAAGCCGGUGAUGUAAUGUUUGCACGUUUGGGAAGGCGCGGUGUUGCAGCAUGUUUGCUCUGCGUCAAUUUUUAACGACCUGACCUGUUGGAGUGAGGGUGCGUACACGGUUCGGCGCAGCACCAGGUAUAGGACUCCAACAAUAAGGCAGGUUGACCUAAUGAAGAUGGCGUCUUUCAUCGACGCGAACCAGUCGACCAAGCCGCCGGGCCAGACGUACGUGUUGUCGGUUCACAGCGCUGCCGUGAUGCGGAACCUGAACGACUUCAGACACCAGAACGGGCUCCUGUGUGACGUCACGCUCGUGACAGAGGGGAGAGAGUUCGCUGUGCACCGAGCCGUCAUGGCGGCCGCUUCCGAGUACUUCCGAGCGAUGUUUACAGGCGACAUGAAAGAGGCUACCGAACCCAAGGUCGAGCUGCGCGGCAUGCCUGCAGUCGGACUCGAGCACAUUAUCGACUUUGCCUACACGUCUAAGAUCUGCUUGUGUAUGGACAGGAUCAGGGAUGUGUUGAUGGCGGCCACGUACAUUCAACUCACUCCGAUCAUCGACUUCUGUAGCGAGUUUCUUAUCUCAGAAAUAAACAUCGACAACUGCGUGGAUAUCGGACACAUCGCUCACGACUACCACCUGUCCAAAGUAGACAAGACUGUUGACGAUUUCAUCCUUCGUAACUUUUCGGUCCUGGCAAAGAAGGAGGAGGACUUUGUCCGGAUCACGUUUGAGAAGCUGGUGUUUCUGCUGGCAAGAGACGAGCUUCUGGCCAACUCGGAACUGGAGAUAUUCAAGGCCGCGGCGGCAUGGCUCUCACACGACCCUGACCGGAUAGGGCAGGCCAGUAAGGUGAUGGAAAAGAUCCGGUUUGCGCUCAUCCCCCCAGACGCCGUGAUAGAGUCCGUGCAGACUGUGGACUUCAUGCGGCAGUCGGUGGGCUGCACCAACCUGCUCAUCGAGGCCUCCAACUACCACCUCAUGCAGCUGGCCCAGCCGGUGCUGCAGUGCGACAGGACCCGUGUACGCUCCCUCGGACCCUCGCUAGUCACCUCGGGUGGACUCACCAAACAGAACAAAGUCGAGGUGUGCUCAGACGUGCUCUUCUUCGACAAGACCUGCUCCAAAUGGAUCAACAUGAAGCCGCUGGAAAAGACCACAUACACUCACUGCGUCGCGACGCUCGGAAACUUUCUCUUCGUGGUCGGCGGACAGAACACUCUGGACCGCGUGGGUAAAUCCGCCGUCGCGUCGGCGUAUCGCUACGAUCCCCGGUUCAACAGAUGGCUGCAGCUGUCCUCCUUGAGGGAGGCGCGGACUUACUUCGCGCUGUGCGCCGUCAGAGGGCGCCUCUAUGCCAUCGGAGGAGAGAACAGGAACGGAGAGAUCGCCUCGGUGGAGUGCUACCUUCCAAAUAAGGACGAGUGGACCUACGUCACGCAGUUACCCAUGGGACUGUUCGGUCACGCUGGAUCCGUGCUUGAUCAGUGCAUCUACAUAUCUGGGGGGUUUGCGACAGGAACGUUCAGCAACGUGAUGUUCCGCUACGACCCCGCCCUGGACCAGUGGGACUCCAGAGCCCCCAUGCCGACCACUCGGGGUUUCCACUGCAUGGCCAAGGUCAAGAACCGGAUAUACGUCAUCGGAGGAAACCAUUUCGACGCGGACGAGGAGAGAGUGGACGUGCUGACCGUGGAGUGCUACACACCGGAAACGGACCAGUGGUGUGAAGUUGCCCCCUUACGGGAAGGACAAGGGGAGAGCGGUAUCUCGGUGUUGGACGACAAGAUCUACCUGAUCGGAGGCUACUCCCUGGACCAGAACAGCCGCAUCAAGUCCGUCCAGUGUUACGAUCCAGAGAAAGACGUUUGGGGAAACGUCCCGGACUACCCAGAAGCCAUCGCGGGCGUGGCGUGUUGCACCCUGGACCUUCCCAGCGACCUGAAGAAAUCUUACAUGUGACGACUCACAGCAAAUGAAGUGGUUAGAUGAACAUAUUCCUUGUCAAUAUGAACAUGGCUCGAAUCACAGCCUUUGAGUAAGAAUGUGGAUGAAAUGUCUUCUUCUAUGCCUAAUUGCCAGGAUAAAUUGACAAGGUUUGUAAAUUGAUGUGUAUAUAUUGCAAAUUGAUGUAUGUAAAAAAAACAA